GAGAACAAUGUGGAUUCGGGGCGCCUCUCCAGCUCUCCACACCCCUGGGUCUGCAGAAGCGCUCCAGGCCCUGAGCUGUCACCGCCACCGCCCCCCAGGCCUCAGACACGAUGCAGGCCAUCAAGUGUGUGGUGGUGGGAGAUGGAGCCGUGGGCAAGACCUGCCUCCUCAUCAGCUACACCACCAAUGCCUUCCCCGGAGAGUACAUCCCCACCGUGUUUGACAACUAUUCAGCCAACGUGAUGGUGGACAGCAAACCCGUGAACCUGGGGCUGUGGGACACGGCUGGGCAGGAGGACUACGACCGCCUCCGGCCGCUCUCCUACCCGCAGACGGACGUCUUCCUCAUCUGCUUCUCCCUUGUCAGCCCAGCCUCCUACGAGAAUGUCCGGGCCAAGUGGUUCCCGGAGGUGCGGCAUCACUGCCCCAGCACGCCCAUUAUCCUGGUGGGCACCAAGCUGGACCUGCGGGACGACAAGGACACCAUUGAGAAGCUGAAGGAGAAGAAGCUGGCGCCUAUUACCUACCCGCAGGGCCUGGCAUUGGCCAAGGAGAUUGACUCAGUGAAAUACCUGGAGUGCUCAGCCCUCACCCAGCGAGGCCUGAAAACCGUCUUCGACGAGGCGAUCCGGGCCGUCCUAUGCCCACAGCCCACGCGGCCGCAGAAGCGCCCCUGCAGCAUCCUCUAGGGGACACACCCAGCCCUCCCAGCCAGAUGGUUCUGACCCUCCGGGGCCCCCACCCAAAGCCCGAUGGCACCCCGGCUGGCCAUGCUGUCCCCUUCCUGUGGCGUUUCUUAGCAAGAUGGCUACAGAGCUUGGUUGAUCG